AUGAAUACAAUUGCACGAAUUGGUAUUUGUACAUUGCGUAGACAAUCUCCAAGCUAUAGCACAUUACCUCCAGAAGUUGUUAUAUUCACUGAUAAAAAUAUGAUUAUUUGUUGGCAUCCAAAUCAAGGUUUUCCUUAUGAAUACUCAAAGCCUAUUAUAGAAGAAGUACAAGCUACACCAAAUACGGUAUUAAAAAUUGGUGAAAAAGAUAUUUCAGCAAUCUUUAAACAAAAGAAACAGUAUGAUGUCAUUACAGAAUUAGCCAAAUUAACCUUCACUACUAAGCAUAAAUGGUAUCCUCGAAGCAGAGAUAAAAAGGCAAAAAAAACUGAACCCGAUAGACCGUACUUGUAA